AUGUCUUCCGAUCAACAGGCUGUGACAAUCAAGUUGUCGAGGAUAUAUCUUCAUUCUGUGACAGUUCCGGGAAUUCCAGCAGCAUGUCGACAAUUUGACAAGCCCUGUAGCUUUCCUUACACCAGUGGAACCUCCAAUCAACAGAACGAGAUCCCAAUCACGCUGUUACGUUCUAUACUUUCAGAUCACCUUCCUGCAAAAGCUAGCAACGUCAUUUUACAGUGGCGUCUUACCGCCAGCACUGAGGGUUCAUAUCCCGUGAUCACCACUCGCCAUAAGAUCACCGACACCACAUCUACGGUCGAUGCACAGAACUAUACCAUCGUCUUUGCCGAACGGUUAGACAGACUUCAAAAGAUAACGAGUAGCCACCAAAGGUUACGCAAAUCCCAGCAAGACUCUCGAGCUCAGCUGAAGACAUCCUAUCCUUCUCCGCCUCUCUUGACAGGAGCAGGUAAGAUCUCCCCGAAUCAAUACUGCGGCAUAAGCAAAAGAAGACGGAGAAGACAGCUCGACUACACACAACAACCGUGCCCGGCCUUCCUCAGCGAACUUCGACGGCGUGCUGAGCAGCAUAGUAAGGCGACGGGUGAGGUGAGCUGUCUUCUUCGGGUUAUGCAGGUGCAACAAUACAUUAUGUCCGGGAAGAGCAGCUUGAGUACCUGCCACAAACGAGAUAUGGAGUCUCGGUCUAUUUCACCGUCGGACAACAGUGUUUGUUCUGAGUGA